CACCCACGGGGCGCUUCCUCCGCAGCCUCCGGCGCCAUUGCCAUUUCCCGUGAAGCACUGCCGGAGGUUGCCAUGGCAGCAGGAGACGCGCUGGCCGGGGCUGCUCAUGGACAACUUCCGGACUCGCUACUACACCCCGAAGGAGGUGGCGGUGCAUAACCGGCCCUGGGAUCUCUGGGUCUCUUACUUGGGCCGCGUCCACGACCUCAGUCCCCUGGCUGAGGCCCACAAGGGUGAUCUCCUCCUGAAACCGAUCCUAGAAGCAGCGGGGAAAGAUAUUAGCCACUGGUUUAACCCCAAGACCAAAGACAUCCAGACACACAUCGACCCCCUCACAGGCUGCCUUAAGUACUACACUCCCCAAGGCCGCUUUCUGCACAUCCCACCGCCGCUGCCUCGCUCAGACUGGGCCAAUGACUUUGGCAUGCCUUGGUGGAAAGACACCACCUACGAGGUGGGCAACUUGUCUGCCAAAACCAGGCAUAUCCGUAUCAUCAACACCCUGACCUCCCAGGAGCAAAUGCUCGAGGUGUGCGCAGAGGAAUCCAUGUGGGAGAUCCUGCGGCGGUACUUGCCCUACAAUGCCCACGCGGCGAGCUACACGUGGAAAUACGAAGGCGUCAACCUAGACAUGGACAAGAACUUGCAGCAAAACCACAUCCCAGAUGAGGACGAGGAGUUCUACCAGCUCAACUUGGAUGCGGAUUCCUUUACGCCUGCUGUCCUGCUCUAUUUCAACGAUGACCUCACUGAGUUCUAGGAUUUGCCUUUCCUGCACUGAUGAUGAAAGGUCUCCCUCUCAACGCAUCUUGGAAUCAGGCACUGAGAAGACAGCGCGAGAAGACUGAAACAUGACUGGUGAAACUUCAGACUGGACUUGAGAUGAUCAAGCCCCUGCAUUUCUCUCUGUGUGGUGGGGUCUGGUUUGGAGUUUUGUAUUUGUAGUGAGUGGUGCUGGUCUCUUUCUCUAGAAUAAUUAAAGCCUUUAAUACAAAACGGGCAUCCUGGACAGGAGCAAAUACUGUGUAGGCCCAUCUAGUUCAGGGUCAGGCCUGUUCUUGGACCCAUCUAGGCCGGUCUCCUCACUACUCAGACACGUAUUCAAGGGAAAUGAUCAUCUCCAGUGACUCUUCGGAUAAACUGAUUCUUGAAAUAGGAUUUGAUGGACCGGCGGAUGUGACCACCCAAGGCUUUGGGGGCUUGUGGUGGAUAAGCAGUUCAUAGCUGGAGCCACUAGAUGCCAGCAGUGGCUCACUAAUCUGCCAUGUUGAGGCUUCAGCAAGUCUGGAUGAGGUUUAAAUAUAGAAUUUUGACCCUGAUGCUCAGAGGUUCAUUGUCCUGACCCUGCAGAAUAAUCUGGGGAAGCACUGCUGGUGCUUUGUCUCUUUCACUUGAAGCAGGAGGAAGGGGGGAAAUUCGCCCUUCUGACCCUGAAACUCAAACUUGAUUGUUAAGGUUAUCCACAGAUGCUGGCAAUUCACACACCAAAGCCCCAGGGAGGCCCAAGUUCAAAUCCGUCUCUCAGCUAUGGAGCAUGCUGGGUGGCCUUGGCACAAUUGCGCUCUCUCCCCACUACCUCACAGGGUUGUCGAGAAGGUAAAAUUGGGGCUGGGAGCACCUUGCUUGCCACAUUAAGCUCCUUGGGGGCAGGGCAUGAUAAAAAAUAAACAAAAUGUAGACUGUGGAAGCAAUGCCCUUAAAUGUCAUACGGAAAGGAGACAUGCCGCUUCUAUCAUGCUACACUAACUGGAGACGUGGCCAACAUUCUCCUCUCCUACACAGGCAGCAAACACUCUCUUUGGAACUUUGUGGGGAAACGUCUCUGUCUGAUUACUUGGGUUAUAUCCUUUAGGCCCAAAAUUAAUACACAACUUUGACAUGGUGUCAAAUGUACUUUGACAUCAUGCAAAUAUAAAAUACAAAUUUGUAGGAGAGAUAAAUCAACUUAUUCAGAUGCAUUUAUAGAAAAGUUAAAUACUGCCCCCCCGCCCCCAAAUAUCCACUUUCCCCACAUGGUGCGUGCAUGCAACUAGAGAACCCAGUGGCCCUCCUCUCACCCAGGAUUCAGAAUUCCUUGUCACUCUGACAUGUGCAUCAUUACCACCAAGUGGUGCCAUUUACAUUUCUGUUCUUUCUUGAUCAAUGUCUUUGCUAAUCCAGUAUGAAUUAAACUAAAGCAGCCA